UAUCCGUGAGGGGGGAUUAAUUAGCUGAGUUGGAGCUGAAGGAGGCUGUCGUGACGAGCCCAGUGGCGAUUGGCCGCCCGCCUGCCUGGCCCUGCCUUUAUAAUUUCCACACGAGUGCAUCUGGGCUCUUAGACAAACCAACAGCAGCUUCUUCUGACAUAUACACACGCACACUCACCCGGACACACAUUCAGCACACUUUUCCUCCACCUGAUUAACAGUCCAUUGCCCACAAUGAUUACCGGAAAGCGUAAAUAAAUACGAAAAGGGGUGAUUAUUUUGACUACUCGAAGAGCCUUCCUGGGUCUCAGCGCAACUUUUGUUUUUAUCACUGAGAAGGUGAUCUCUCCAUGCAUUUCUCUCACACGAGGAUUCUUUAAAAGAGGAAGAGAGAAGGAGAGAGGGGGGACAACAGUCUUUCACUUUAAGACCGUCUGGGCUCAAAGAUAAAAGGAAGGGGAAAGCGGCAGCAGCGGCAGGAAAAGCACCGCUGCAGCACAUCGGAAAGACGGUUGGGGUGCAUUUCCGAGCGCUGCGGCCCUUUUCUCCACCGAAGUUGGCUCCAGCUCUAGCAGCCGCAUUGGAUCCCACAGCUUACUGCGAGACUCCGGUGUACAAUCCGGAUCUCUGCCCCAACAUGAUCGCGGCCCAGGCCAAGCUGGUCUACCAUCUGAAUAAAUACUACAAUGAAAAAUGCCAAGCCAGGAAAGCUGCCAUUGCCAAAACUAUCCGUGAAGUCUGCAAAGUAGUUUCCGACGUACUGAAGGAAGUGGAAGUGCAGGAGCCCCGGUUCAUCAGCUCUCUCAAUGAGAUGGACAAUCGCUACGAGGGCCUCGAGGUCAUCUCCCCCACUGAAUUUGAGGUGGUGCUUUAUCUUAACCAAAUGGGGGUGUUCAACUUCGUGGACGACGGCUCGCUGCCUGGCUGCGCGGUGCUGAAGUUGAGCGACGGGCGCAAGAGAAGCAUGUCCCUUUGGGUGGAAUUCAUUACAGCCUCGGGCUACCUCUCCGCGCGCAAAAUCCGCUCCAGGUUUCAGACGCUGGUGGCUCAAGCGGUAGACAAAUGUAGCUACAGGGAUGUGGUAAAGAUGGUGGCAGACACCAGCGAAGUGAAACUGAGAAUCCGAGAUAGGUACGUGGUGCAGAUCACCCCGGCUUUUAAAUGCACCGGGAUUUGGCCAAGGAGUGCUGCCCACUGGCCGCUUCCCCACAUCCCCUGGCCGGGACCCAACCGGGUGGCGGAGGUCAAAGCGGAAGGGUUCAAUCUCUUGUCCAAGGAGUGCCACUCCCUGGCCGGCAAGCAGAGCUCCGCCGAGAGUGACGCCUGGGUGCUGCAGUUCGCGGAAGCAGAGAACAGACUGCAGAUGGGGGGCUGCAGGAAGAAAUGCCUCUCCAUCCUCAAAACCUUACGGGAUCGUCACCUUGAACUGCCGGGCCAGCCCCUGAACAAUUACCAUAUGAAGACUUUAGUUUCCUACGAGUGUGAAAAGCAUCCCCGGGAGUCGGACUGGGACGAGUCUUGCCUGGGUGAUCGGCUGAACGGGAUUUUGCUGCAACUCAUCUCCUGCCUGCAGUGCCGGCGGUGUCCCCACUACUUCCUACCCAAUUUAGACCUGUUUCAAGGCAAACCUCACUCUGCUCUGGAAAACGCCGCCAAACAAACGUGGCGACUGGCAAGGGAGAUCCUGACCAACCCGAAAAGUUUGGAAAAACUUUAGAGGAUGAUUCAAUCAAGAGCCGAAAUGAUUACUCUUCUUAAAGUCCUAAUUAUGUGCAAACUUCCUGUUCAAUGCCUAAUAUUCCACUCGACAGUGCAACCAAUCUCUUCCUUAAAAAGGAAUAAUACAAUGUUUAGGCAUCAUCUCACCCACUCCUCCAAAGGAUGGAAAAGAAGUCAGAGAGGCGGAUGGAGAAAAACCCAAACCCACAAGUAUUAGAAGACUUCUUUACAAAGAUUUCGUAUCUCCCUUGAAAAGUACAAGCUAACACCUAGAAAAAAGCCUGGCUGUAAUGCAAGACCACAGGGAACACUGCCUAACUAUC